CUCUCUCUCCCUAUGUCUCUCUCCCAGCUGAGAGGGGUGGAGGCUGACGGCCGAUGGUUUUUAAACGGAUAGGGGAUGGAGGAAAGGGGGAAUUAGUGGCUCCUCUUCACUCGGUCUUCGCAACAGCGUCCCGGUAAUCAGAGACCAGCAGCCUCAGCGGAGAUUUUUCAUGGGAACGAAACGGCUUAAAAUGAGCCGGAGAGUGAUCGCUGAUCUGCUGCACAAGGCUUGAAUCCACCGAGAAACCCCAUGGAGCAGGAUGUGGAGAGCCCAGUAAUCAGAAAGCCCAAGUUGCCAAAGCAGGCCAGGGAGGACCUGCCUAAACACCUGGCAGAAAUCGACCGGGUGAAAAAGAUUCAGCGGUAUGUCCAGAAAGAUGGGAAGUGCAACGUCCAUCACGGAAACGUCCGAGAGACAUACCGCUAUCUGACAGACAUUUUUACCACACUGGUAGAUCUCAAGUGGAGGUUUAACCUCUUCAUCUUUGUGUUGGUGUACACGGUGACAUGGCUCUUCUUUGGCUUCAUGUGGUGGCUUAUUGCCUACCUCCGGGGUGAUCUGGACCAUAUAGCAGACAACCAGUGGACUCCGUGUGUCAAUAACCUCAACGGGUUUGUAUCAGCGUUUCUGUUCUCCAUUGAAACAGAGACCACCAUUGGUUAUGGAUACAGAGUGAUCACGGACAAAUGCCCCGAGGGAAUAGUGCUGCUUUUAGUUCAGUCAGUGCUGGGAUCUAUCGUGAAUGCCUUCAUGGUGGGUUGCAUGUUUGUUAAGAUCUCACAGCCCAAGAAACGGGCUGAGACACUAGUGUUUUCCACCAAUGCGGUCAUCUCCAUGAGAGAUGGUCGGCUGUGCCUGAUGUUCAGAGUUGGAGACCUCCGAAACUCGCACAUCGUCGAGGCUUCAAUCAGGGCCAAGCUUAUCAAGUCUAAGCAGACCAAGGAGGGGGAGUUCAUCCCUUUGAACCAGACAGAUAUAAACGUGGGUUACAACACAGGAGAUGACAGGCUCUUCCUGGUAUCGCCACUCAUCAUCUGCCAUGAGAUCAAUCAAAACAGCCCCUUCUGGGAUAUCUCACAGGCCCACCUGUCCAAGGAGGAGCUGGAAAUUGUUGUGAUCCUCGAGGGGAUGGUGGAGGCCACAGGUAUGACCUGCCAGGCAAGGAGCUCCUACGUCAGCAGUGAGAUCAAGUGGGGCUACCGCUUCACGCCCGUCCUGACGCUGGAGGACGGCUUCUACGAGGUGGACUACAACAGCUUCCACGACAUCUACGAAACUGACACACCCACCUGCAGUGCCAAAGAGCUCGCUGAUAUGGCCAACCGCGCCCGCUUGCCCCUAACUUGGUCGCUGGCUAGCAAGCUGAGCCAGCAGGGGCUGCCAGAGUCUGAACAGGAGGGUCAGGAGACCAAAACCAACCUGGACGAGCAGGGGAAGAGUGAGAAGACCGAGAGGAACGGGGACAUUGCCAAUUUAGAGAGUGAGUCCAAAGUGUAGCGAGCGUGGCAAGAGGCAAGCGUGAAGUCGAAACGAGAUUAAUGGACUGUACUGUUGGUCUCCCGCUGAGGAAGGCCACCCAUUGAGGACCAAUGAGCACAGUAGACCAAGUACCCCUGCACCACGAACUGCUUUUUUCUCAGUGAUUUACAUUUACCCCAAAAACGAGAAAACACGUAGACAUGUGGCCCACCGCUGGAGUGAAAACCCCCUGCGGCAAGUGCAUGUUUCAAAUAUAAUGUGAUGUCCUCCUGACAAGAUUCCUAUUAUUUUUUCUAUUAAGAUAUUCCUAGGGGCAUUUGCUAAGUAUUUUUGUAUAUAUUACAAAAUGUUUUAAAUUCUUUGUUUUGUUGCAGUAUUUGACACAUGUUUGAUACUACUUCCUUUAGGUUAGUUCUGUAUAUAUUCUCUGCCUUACUGUAUGUAUAAAGCUUUCAUUAUUUGUUUUUCAGGAAUAUAUAAGCAUGUAUAAACAUUAACUGCAGUUGAUUUAUCUUGUAUUCUGUAUAUACUGUAUGAUGAUAUUAUUAUUAUUAUUAUUAUUAUUAUUAUUGUUAUAAGGAACACAUACAGUUCAAUGGAUGCAAACUCUAGUUUAAACCAAUGAAAGAUUCUUCCCCAAUGAUAAGUGUUCGUUUAAAGUAGUACGACACGAAGCCAUGACUUGCUGUUUACAGCUAACUGACUUCAGACAAUGGCCCUUUAAAAACUGCAUUUUGUCACUUUUGCACACUGGAGUCUUCUGAUGAAGGUUAGUGACUGUUUGAGUCUCCAGAAAUAACUCACCUGUCACCUAAAAGUAUCAAUAAAUAAACAGUAAGUUGCUUAUUAUGAA